AUGUCCAGCUUUGAUCCAAAUUACUUUGACGAAAUUCUAAACGGAGGAGAAAUAAACAAUGAGUUUGUUGUGGACGAGGAAGAAGCUAUCGCACGGCCAUACAACCGUAGCGGUGGUAGCUUCAAUAACGUUGGGGGGGCUAUGAGCCAUGCCCCCACGAGACCAUCCAAUCCAAUGACGGCAUCACAGGGGUCCUCCUACACAGCGAGUCAUACCACUAUUACCAGCUUGACCAGUCCAAAUCCCGAAUAUGGAACAUCAUCUGGUCUCCCGGCCCCCCAGGAGCGUGAACCAGUCCCUCAAGGAUACAAUGUAGGGGACUUAGACUUCAUCACGGGCGGAGACCAACCGCCGAUUGAUGAAGAGAUAUUGAACCCUACAACCCUUGAUCGAGACAUGCAGCGAUUGUUGGCCGAAAGGUCCCUUCAAAUGUCUGUUCCCCGGCAGGGGCCAUUGAUCGGUUUACCGGGACACAAUACCCCGGCAGCAUCCUCUACACUAGAAGAGCUUCGGAUGGAGCUACGUUUUCUAAAUGCUGUUCUACUUGAGCCUGUCGCUGAAAGCCUCUUGAAUGAGGAUGAAAUGGAACAGAUCCUGUCUCAACUUAGACAUGGCAGAACGGUUAUCGAGAAGAAGAGGCGCAACGGACACAGGAUCUCAAAGCCGCCUUCAACUAGGCGCAAUGGCAAGGCGGGGAAUUGUAAGAAAAAGUUUCGAUGCAUCAGGUGUGGCACAGAAUUCGGCACUACGGGAGCCCUUCAGCGACACGUUGAGGAUCAACAUCAUCCAUGCGUCAAUAUUGGCUGCCCUCAGCCAGGCUGUGGAGAGAUCUCCCGCAGAAGAGACAAGGCUAGAGAUCACUGCCUAAUUAGGCACAUGUGGAGGCCAACCAACGCGGAGCUUGAGCUGUACACAACACACCUCGAGUGUCCACCUCAUUGCAGCAUUUGCUUUCUGGUGGUCAAUGACUGGAGAUCAUUCUACAAGUGCUUUAUUUCCCAUUGCGGUAUCGACAAUAUUGGUCAAUAUGAUGGGCCAUCAUUCGAUGAUGACCCAGGCAAUGGUGCUGGCCCAGCCUCCGGCAAUGGUUCAAACUUUCCAGACAUGGGAAUGGGGGGCGCAGGCAUGUCUGCUGAUAAGGGCCAUAAUAACUAUGGUGGUCCUUCAAACCAGCACUGGGACUCCUGCUUCCAAAAGCCUAACUGGGGCCAGAACGCCUAUCAAUAUGCCUCCGGUAUGCAACGCUCAUCAUCAGAUGGCGAUAACAUGGUCCCACCCCAACCAGAUGCCUACCAUGACACCAAUCAAAAACGCCGCGCAUCUGCUCAGGAUAAUCCUGGUCUUCCUCGUGACUUUCCACAGCUUGGCCUGCCACAAAAACGCCCACUGAAGCGACCCAAAAAAGCAGGGGCCGAGCCUCAAGAGGAUGGGCCCUGUCCGAUAUGUGGGCACAAAACCAAUGACUGCAAAAUAUGUCAAAAGAGACCUAUGUCAAGUGAACGGUGCCAUGCGUGUGCUAGUAAUACCACGAUGGCCCAAACAGGCGUAUUAAAUUCCCAAGUGGGUCGUUAUGCAGCCCCAAGUCAGGGAAGUGUGAACUCCCAUCCGGUCAUAACACCGCAGCAGCUGCGCUAUCUUCAGAACCUUCAGGUUCAAAUGGCGUUUGGAAAUAUCAGCUCCCAAGCGCCACGGCAUCAUGUGAGCUACGGCCACUCAAUUGGAAGACCUCAGGGUGCCCCUCGAGGCUCCAAUGACUUUACCAAUAUGGUAGUUUCAACGUACGUGCCCGAUUUGAGCGAGGACGAGAUGCUUCCAACCGGAUCUGAAUCCUCGAAUGCGAGUUUUGGAGGCACCUGGCUCAGCUGUCUUCCCAUCCGAGUCUCACUCCCAAGGGAAAUGGUGAAGGUGUCCCAAGAGGCCAAAGCAUUAGGGUCUGGAGCGCCUGGAGCAACUGAUCAAAUGAUAUCCCAAACCAUCUCCGAAACCGAAUCGCCGAUCAAUCUGCCUGUGGCUAAACUUGAGGCUAUUAGUCCAAAGUUAUGUCGCUGUCCCUGUCGAACGAAGACUGCUGGGCCUAUCUAUUCGAGCAAUUCUCGCGUUGAGUUGAUCCCUGGGAAACUUCUCGACAUGACGCUCACGAUACUUCCUGAAGAUCGCGUCGGACAUCCACUGAGGACUCGGAUCAGGGUUGUUGUCAAACUACUCAAGUUGCGAUCGUCCGUGGUGAGAUCGGGGAACAAGAAAAAGAACAAGGAAGACGCGAAGGCCAUUGAGCUGGUCCUCAAGACUAGCCUAGAUGGCUCUGCACACACGGCACCCGUCACCAUAAAGCAAGAAGAGCCUAUUGCUGUCGAUGAAUCAGACAUCUCUGAAUCCGAAGACGACGGCACUUUCUCUGACGCUGAGUCCGUCACUUCUUCCGUUGCUGAAGCUUCUUCCGUUUCUGAGCUGGCACUUGUCCCCUUCAAAAGAGCCAAUUCGGAUAUUCUUUUCCCCGAUGAGCCAGAUGAGGAUCACUAUGAUACCUCGGACCUGUUCUCAGAUGUCCAUUUCCCCGACGACGAUUCCGAAGACACCGCCCAACCCGAACCUAACCCCGACGACAUCAUCGACGAGAUCCAAAGCCUAUCGCUCGCCGAUCCAAACUCCGACUACGAAAUCGAAGAAACAGAGCUGGAAAUAUCCAUGGACCUAGAUUUCCAGACAUGCCUCGAUAGUCUCUCCAGCUGGACUGAUGGACUCGCCGAUAUCGAGCAAUCUGGCCACACAAUCACCGAUCCUGCCCGCGUCUUCGAAUAUUUUUUCAGAUACAUCAUCUACGUCAUUUUUGCCUUGAGCAAGUCCAGAAUUGAGGCUGCUGGUCGCUGA